AUGACUACCGCGCAUAGACCUACGUUCGAUCCGGCCCGUGGCAAAGAAGCCCUCCGAGGUCCAGCCUACCAUCAACGCCUCCUCCCAGCCCACACCCAACUCAAAUAUCGUCAAGCCGGUCAAGGCGGCGAUGCUGACGAACCCACGCGCGACCUCGCUGCAGAGCUCCUCGCUGCCGAAGCCGCCCAUUUCACCAAGAAGAACGGUGCCCCUGCCCUGGUUGAUGAUGCCGACGAGGACGACGAAACCAGCGUGUCUAAUGGCGCGAAGCGAGCGCUUCCAAGUGCUGAUGGUGAGGGAGAAGAUUUAGAGGCUAAGAGACGGCGGAUCUUAGCAGAAACAAGGGACAUCGAUGCCGACGAUAGCGAAGAGGACGACGACGACGACAGUGAAGACGACGAGGAUAGCGAUGAUGACUCUGAUGCAGAGCUACAGAGAGAGUUGGACCGUGUACGAAGAGAGCGAGAGGAGAGAAAGAAGAAAGAGGAGGCCGAGCGACUCAAAGAAGAGGAAGAGGCCCGAGAACGCGAUAUUGCCCUGGGAAAUCCUCUCCUCAACAAACAAGAUUUCAAUAUGAAGCGCCGCUGGGACGACGACGUGGUGUUCAAGAACCAGGCACGUGGCACAGAAGACAAGGGCAAGAAAAAGGAGUUCGUAAACGAUCUCCUCCGUUCCGACUUUCAUAGGCGCUUCAUGAGCAAGUACGUUAGAUAA